AUGGCUUCCGGCUACGAUCGUGCGCUUUCAGUCUUCAGUCCGGACGGCCAUGUUUUUCAGGUCGAAUAUGCUCUGGAAGCAGUCAAGCGAGGUACAUGCGCAGUCGGCGUCAAAGGGAAGGAUAUUGUAGUGCUGGGAUGUGAGAAGAGAUCAGCGAUGAAGCUUCAAGAUACCAGAAUCACACCUUCAAAGAUUGGUCUCAUCGAUACCCACGUCUGUCUAGCUUUCGCUGGUCUCAAUGCGGACGCCAGAAUAUUGAUCGACAAGGCGCGAUUAGAGGCACAAUCCCACAGACUGACGGUGGAGGAUCCGGUCACGAUUGAGUACAUCACCAAGUACGUCGCCGGUGUACAGCAAAGAUACACUCAGAGCGGCGGUGUGAGACCUUUUGGUAUCAGCACAUUGAUCAUCGGCUUCGACAAGGGAGACAAGGAGCCCAAAUUAUACCAGACUGAGCCUUCUGGCAUCUACUCAGCUUGGAAAGCCAAUGCCAUCGGACGAUCGAGCAAGACGGUACGAGAGUUCCUCGAACGAAACCACAAGGACGACAUGGACCGAGAAGCCACCAUUGCAUUGACGGUCAAGUCUCUCCUCGAAGUGGUCCAAACUGGUGCAAAGAAUAUUGAAAUUGCCAUCAUGGCUCCUGGAAAGACCAUUGAAAUGUUGCCCUCGGAGCAGAUCGAACAAUACGUCAAAACGAUUGAGGCGGAAAAGCAGGAAGAGCAGGCAAAGAAGAAGCCAGGAAGAGCUGCAGCUUCAGGUCCCGGCACCUCGACUCUACCUACAAGACCAGUUGGUGAGGGUGAGGGUGAAGGCUCAGGGGACACCUGA